AUGGCGGCCGCCAGCAGCACGCGCGCUGGAAUACCAUGCCGAAAUUUCUAUUCCAGGAAAGGUGGUCCCAUGAAGGAUGUCCUCGAACGUGUCGCUCCAGGGGAUGAUGUGAGUGACUUCAGCGACCUUUCAGAAAGUCACGAAGAGGAAUGGACCGCACCAAGUCCCGGCGCCCCUGAUCACUCAAGUGAAGAUGAAGAGGCGGAUGACUUCUGUGGCGGUUUCGCUGUCGCAUCUUCUUCUCCUCCUGAAAGAAACUGGGAGAAAGCCUUGCUCGAGAUAGGCCACCCAGAGUUUUCGGGGACAUUCAGCGAACCGAACGACUUGGAAACCCCGAUCGUGAUUUUCAGGCGGCUUCUAACAGACGACAUGCUGGCCAUUCUGGUCGACCAAACAAACCUUUACAGCACAAAGAAGUAUGGCAAAUUUGUGAACACAAGUGUCCCCGAAGUUGAGCAGUACAUUGGCAUGUACUUGAAAAUGGGCCUCGUCCAAAUGCCAAACGUGAGAUGCUACUGGGAGCAAGGCAGCAGGCAUUCGCCCAUAGCAGAUACCAUGCCAAGGAAUCGCUUCCUGAAGUUGAUGGAAUGUCUACAUGUUGUUGAUAACAUGCAAGUUCCUGAGCAAGAAAAAAAAGACAAAGUGUGGAAGCUCCGACCUUGGAUUGUAGCAUUGCAACGAAACCUUGAGCAAAUUGAGCAAGAGGAAUAUAAUGCGGUCGACAAAAUGAUGGUGCCCUUUAUGGGAAGAAGUACACUAAAGCAAUAUAUGCCGAACAAACCGGUACCAUGGGGCUUCAAGCUGUGGGGCCGGGCUGGAGCAACAGGUAUCCUAUACCAGUUCGAUGUGUACCAAGGGAAGGGUGACGGUAACUAUACCUUUGGACUGGGUGGCGAUACCGUCCUGAAUAUGUGUAGCAAGCUGCCCUCUGAUGAGGGCUUCAAGGUAGCUGCGGAUAAUUUCUUCAGCUCUUUGGAGCUGGUUGAGGAGCUCUCUGGUCGCGGGAUUCAAUAUGUCGGUACUCUGCGCCAAAACCGGCUCAAAGAUUGUUGUCUCUUGAGUGAAAAAAACCUGAAGCCACUUGUGCAAGGUGCCUGUGAUCAUCGUGUUGACAAUUGCACAGGUAUUUCUGUUGUGCGCUGGUUCGAUAGAAAAGCAGUGACAUUGGUGUCGAACUUUGUGUCAUUGGAGCCUGUCGAAAAAGUCAAGCGGUAUGACCGCAAGGCCAAAGUACAUGUUGAUGUACCAGGACCUGCUAUCGUUGCAGUGUACAACAGUUUCAUGAGUGGUAUUGACCAGCACAAUUAUCAAGUUGCCCUCUAUAACUACAACAUUAGAUCCAGGCGCUGGUACAUGUAUAUUUUCUACCACACGUUGUAUAUCUGUGCGGAGCAAAGCUCCAAAGUUCUGCGCUCCGCCGAUGUCGACGUCGCCAUCGAAGCUUCCUGCGCCGGGAAAAGGCGCCGGGCAAGACAGGUCUGCCGCGUGUACCGCUUCACUCACCCGCUCAGUCGGUCUCGCCACCGAGUGCAGCAGACGCUCUCCGCAACAACUCCCCACUCCCCCACCUUCACGAAAGCCAGCGUCGAGGUCGGGCACACGGUCGUUUAA